UACUCGAUAUUUUCCCGCACGAGAGUCCUACCGGCCUCCACAAAACCGGCGUGAGCUCACAAAAUCAAUACCAGACGGGAGAGUGAAACCGAAGAAAGACUGAAACUCUGAAAGCAAGCAAUGGCGAAAUCUCAGAUCUGGCUGGCAUUUGCUUUGACGGUUCUGUUGGCUGCAUCAGUUUUGGCUGACGAAGUCGUUGUGCUCACGGAAGCUAACUUCGACAAGGAAGUGGGUCAAGAUAGAGGAGCUCUUGUCGAGUUCUACGCUCCUUGGUGUGGCCAUUGUAAAAAACUUGCUCCAGAGUAUGAGAAGCUAGGCGCAAGCUUUAAGAAGGCUAAGUCUGUUUUAGUUGGGAAGGUGGACUGUGAUGAGCAUAAGAGCUUAUGCAGCAAAUAUGGAGUGAGUGGAUACCCCACACUUCAAUGGUUUCCUAAGGGAACUCUGGAGCCCAAAAAGUAUGAAGGGCCACGCACUGCAGAAGCCCUUGCCGAGUUCGUGAAUAGUGAAGGAGGAACCAGUGUGAAGAUUGCUACUGUACCGUCUGAUGUAGUGGUACUCUCGGGUGAUAACUUUAAUGAGGUGGUCCUGGAUGAGAGCAAGGAUGUUUUGGUAGAGUUUUAUGCACCAUGGUGCGGCCAUUGCAAAAAUCUUGCUCCUACUUAUGAAAAGGUGGCUUCAGCAUUUAAGUUGGAAAAAGAUGUAGUGAUUGCCAACCUUGAUGCAGACAAACACAAGGAUCUUGGAGAAAAGUAUGGAGUUAGUGGAUUUCCUACAUUGAAAUUCUUUCCUAAGAGCAACAAAGCUGGUGAAGAUUACGAGGGCGGCAGAGAUUUAGACGACUUUGUCUCUUUCAUCAAUGAAAAGUGCGGCACCAGUAGGGAUAGCAAAGGACAACUCACUUCAAAGGCUGGCAACGUUGCAAGUUUAGAUGACUUGGUUAAAGAGUUCAUAUCUGCUGGGGAUGAAGAGAAGAAGACUGUUUUCACCCGGAUAGAAGAAGAAGUUGAGAAGCUCAAGGAUUCCACCGCUAGGUAUGGAAAGAUUUACCUAAAAGCUGCUAAAAGCACUUUGGAGAAAGGCACAGACUAUCCAAAGAAGGAGAUUGAGCGGCUCCAACGCAUACUUGAGAAGUCAAUCAGCCCUGCAAAAGCAGAUGAAUUCACCCUCAAGAAGAAUAUCCUGUCGGCAUUCAUCUAAUGGAACGGCUUGCAGCAUGUCUUGGCUGAGUGUGGGGCUGCAAUCUAGUUUCCGGCAGACCGGUUUCUUGCACCAUUUCCAGUGAUAGCAGGGGCUCUUGUAGCCGAACAUGGUUGCCCUGGUCAAUGAAGCGUAUAUUCAUUCAGCAAUUGAGAUUUUCCACCUGAGUAACUAUCUCUGUACUCUUAUUGACACCAACAGAACUUCAAUUUUGUAAUAAAACGUACUAGCUGAGCACCUUAGACCUUAUAUUCGGAUUCGCGAUCUUGGCUUUUGGUUGAUAACAUUUCUUGGAAAAAGUUUGCUUCUUGUUGUGUUGCAUCAUA